CGAUAAUUAUUGUUUCUCAUACUGAUUUAUUAUAAUAAAAGAAUAAGUAAGAGAAUAAAAAGAGAGAGAAAGAGACCAUGAACGAUGGAAGGUUCAAAUUUCGAACGCAGCGUAAACUUCGAGGAGGGGCGUAAAGAAGAAUCCAGAGUGAAAUCGUGGAACGAUUUAAUCGCUACUACUACUACUACUACUACUACUACUACUACUACUGCUACUACUACAACUACUACCACUAAGACAGAUCUUCUUUCACGUGCCUUCUUCUUCUACUUCUUCUUCUUCUUCUUCUUCCAUCACAUCAUCUUCUUCCUCAUCUUCUUCGGCGAUUCAUCUUCCAUUGCCUGUUCUGUGCAACGUUUUCUGCACUAUUUCAUUUAGAUUAAUCAUCGUCAUCCAAUAUCUGGAUAUGCUGAACGAUACCGUUAAAAAAUGUUUCAAAGAGGAAACUUAAACAUGGGUAGCGGAAGUGUCGGGGAAGUCCCAACGAUAUUUCAUCCCCGACGAUCUCGUGCACCAAGUAUAGUCCUUAGCGAGGAUCAACAGAACCAUGGUCCAAUUGCCAGUCCCAUUCAAGUUGUGCUAGAUUCGACAGGGUGCGAACAACAACAAGGUUGUAGCGUCGCUGGUGGCUGUGGUGAUUCAGCAUCUAGCUGUAGAUCAUUAGAAACAAGUGGUAGCGGUGUAGGUUCUGGGACUGGUGGUACCGGUAUCGCUACUGGAAGUACAGGAGGACCUGGUGGAGGAGGUGGAGGUCAAGGACACGGUUCCUUGAGUCAAACUCAGUCUACGUGUAACGUGACAACACCUUCUGUAGCUUAUCAACAAUCCAGACCGAACAAACUCUCGGCUUGUUAUGCUUCCUGUUGUGCAGAGUCAGCGAAAAAAAUAUAUUUUGGUGUGUGCGUAACAAUAUGUGUGACGGCGAGCUGGGUGGGAGCAACCCACUGCAUAAAAUAUUUAUACUUUCAUAAACCAACGAGUCCUAGUUAUACAUCCACAUCGAAUGCCUCCGUAACCGAGCCCCGUCAUCAGCAUACCGUGCUUCCAUACAACGCACCUUUCUUCACAACUUGGUUCUGCACCAACUGGGAAGUAUUAUACUUUCCGGUUUACUUUAUCUGCCGUGCGGUUAGAACGAAAUGCACGACACCAUCUGAAAUAUUAGCAGAAAGUCUUCGUGGAUUUCGAGACAAGGGUUUCACCGGUGGACGUUUCCUCGUUAAAUGCAGUCUCUUUUGUGGACUUUGGGUUGUUACCAAUUAUAUGUACAUCUACUCGUUAAGGAUACUUUUGGCUACCGACGUGAUGGCAUUAUUCGCAACGAAUGUUUCCUGCGUUUAUCUUCUGUCCUGGGUUAUCCUUCACGAGCAAUUUGUUGGAGUUAGGAUAGUAGCAGUCAUCCUAUGCAAUACUGGAAUCGCUCUUCUAGCUUACAUGGAUGGCAUAACAGGAAGUCCAACAUUGGGAGGUGUAGUUCUAGCAACCACAGCAGCAGCCGGAUCCGCUGUUUACAAAGUGGUAUUUAAGAAGGUUAUAGGGGAAACGACUUUUGGUCAAAUGUCAUUAUUCUUUUCUCUGAUCGGCCUUUGCAACGCUGCCCUGUUAUGGCCGAUAUGUUUAGCACUUUAUUUCUCGGGUGCUGAGAGCGUGCAUUGGACACGAUUACCAUGGGCAGCUCUUUUAUCGGCCAGCAUACUUCAUCUAGUUGCAAAUAUGUUAGGAAACUUCAGCAUCGCACUCACAUAUGAUCUAUUCAUUACACUUGGUCUGAUAACGGCUGUUCCUGUAUCCGCAGCUCUGGAUGUCGUUCUUUAUGGAGCGCACUUCAUGGGCAUGAAGCUGGCCGGAAUGAUCUUCAUUGCUGUCGGCUUCUUUCUCGUGAUGUUCCCAGACAACUGGCCCGAUUACAUAACAAGACUCCUUCGAAACAUAGUCCUCAUGAGUCACAAUACAAGUACGACGCAGUACCAUCAGCAAAGAAGAACAACAGUUAGGAGCAGAACGAGCCAACAACGGCAGUACAGGUUGAGGAGCUAUGGGGUCUCGAGCUUGCAUGGCGAUGGACAAACCCUUCUCCCAAUGAGCACUAAUAACAACAACAACAACAAUAACAAUAACAAUAAUAACAACAAUAACAACAACAAUAACAACAACCAAAACAACACUGCCACCAGCUCGAACUUUAGCAAUCGACACGUUAACACAUCGUCUCAACAGAACAGCUCGACCCCAUCUUCCGAAUCCCAAUCGCGCCGUUGUUUCCCUAUCCCAACCACGAUCUCAACCUCGACCUCGACCUCGACCGCCAUCGUCACCAACAACCAUCGUUGA